CAGUGCGCCGCGAUGCUGCCGCCGCUGGUGCAGAGGCGGCUGCCCUCUGGGCUCCUUCUGCAAGCCACACUCAUAGCUGCGCUUGCUGCAACCGCCACCGUCCUUGCCUCACCCAUCCACGAAGCCAAGAGCGCUUCCCACUUCCGCUUCCGCCGAGAAGUUCCGUCUGCUCCCCCGAGGAACCCGACGACCACGCCCACACCUGGUGGCGCGUUUGCCGUUUCGUGGGAGGCCCCUGACCCCGGCACGACCAACGGCGCCAUCACCGGUUAUGUGAUCCGCAUCCGCCCCACCGCUCCACAGCCCCCGACGUGGGCCUAUGGCAACGCCACCCUCAACGCCACGGACGUGGAGGUGUCCUCGAGCACCUUCUCCUACACCCUGGCCGACGAGCUCUCGUUCCCGUUCUCUGGCUACGAUGUCGGCGUCGCCGUCAAGAAUGCCGAGGGCUUUGGCCCCUUUGCCAUGCUCUCCGUCGACCCGCCAAACAGUAUCCCGCCCGGCCAGCCGCGCUCCGUGACCACGUCCCUCCCACCUGUGGACCCGAUGACCUAUCCGCCAGACGCGGACGAGGUCAUCGUGCAGUGGACCGUGCCUGCAGGCAUCUGGUUCCGCAACGCGCCCGCCAUCGGCUUUGACCUCGUGGCCACGCCCGUGCCGGGCAGCACCACGGACGAAGUGGUGACCGUCCGCUUCCCCAAGCAGUGGCAGGACGGUGACUCGCCCGACGAGCAGUUCACGGCGUCCAUCACGGGCCUCACCCCAAACACGGAGUACGUCGUGCUCGUGUACACGAUUGGCCUGGACGGCGACCGCAGCACCGCUUCCUUCAUGACCACGGACAAAACGCGCCCGAACCUGCCCACGGUUGCACCGACGGGCCUCAGCGUGGACGACACCUCUGCCACGGCCUUCAACCUCUCCUGGGACGCCAUGAGCGCCAGCACACCGGGCAGCAACGGCGACAUCAUCGGCUACGAGAUCACCCGCACGCCAACAGGGGACCACGGCUGUACGGAGACCACGUGCGCCCCGCCCAACACCUGCCAGGGCGAGCCGACGUGCGAGUUUGGCGUGUGCACGUAUCCAACAAAGCCCGAGAACUCCACGUGUGACGACGGCAACCCCAAGACCCUCAACGACCGCUGCGUUGCUGGCGCGUGCAUCGGUGACACGGUCACGCCCAAACACAUCACCGACCGCCCAGCCUCCUACAAGUACCACCUUUCGUUCAAUGACCGCAGCCAUGGCGGUGGCUUCAUGCCUCGCCUUCAAGAGUUCUGGUACCCCUACUGGAGUUACUCAACCAUCUACCGCUAUGGGCGGGACGGCACCUACCGAUACACGUUUAGUGCUGCUGGUGGCACGCGGCAGAUGAUGCAGUUGUGGGGUGAGCCAGACUCCCUGUACUACUACACGGCCAACUGGGGCUACGACUACUGUCGCAAGAUGGGGCCGUACCCAGACAACCGUGUGGUGUGGACGUACUAUCCGCAACCGCGCACCACCGUGGCUGGUAUUUCCACGGACAGCAACUACGCCUACUGCAUUCAGAACGGACGCUCCACCGUGCACGUGCUCAACAAGGAGACCGGAUCGCUUGUCCGCAAAUUUGACUUGACUGGCGGCAGCAUCGGCACGCUGAACGGCGCGUUUGCCGUUGUCGGCGACAAGAUCUACUAUGGCACGGGCUCACGGUUUUACCGCUACAACCUGGCAGACGGCACCUACGAUGGCUUCUACUUCAACACCGUCCGUUCCAUUCACCACAUGUCCUUCACGGGCCAAGAGCUCUGUAUUGGCCAGAACAACGACUACAACAUCUACUGCUAUGAGAUUUUGUCGCACAACCUCUGGCACAACUUUGACGGACCCCAGCUCCGCGACCGAGUCACGUCCUACUAUCAGCGGAGCAUCUACACCCGCUCAUAUGGCGGCGGCUACAACCCUUGGGACAGGCACUACUGGUAUCCGGCGUGGUCUGGCUCGACAGUGUACCAGUACACGGAAAAGGGUGGGUACUUUGGCACGUUCCGCGCCGUCAACGGCUAUGGCAGCAUCCGCCAAAUCUGGUGCGACUUUGAGACACAACACUACUACCUCGCAUCCGGCAGCUACAUCUACAAGGCAACAUGGCCCGAGAACCAGCUGGUGUGGUCGUACUACAUGAGCACGACGGCUGGCGGCGUCACCACGUAUGGCGACAGCGUGUAUGCGAUGCGCUACUCCGGUCGCACCGUGUACAUUCUUCGCAAGUCUGACGGUGUUCUUCAGCGCACAAUGGACCUCGACACCUCUGGCGGUGACAACUUUGACAACAUGUUUGGUGCGCUGUUCGCCAUCAAGGGCAAGCUCUUCCGUGCCGGCAGAAACAACUACCGCUUCUACAGGUAUGACCUGAGCACGGGCCAGUACGAGUACAACUUUGGCGUGUCGUACCGCACGUACACGGCGGCGUUCAACGGCGAGAGCAUCUGUGUCAGCGAUGGCGACUCCAACCUGCGCUGCUACCCGGUGCUGAACGGAAACAUCUACUUCCAGGAGCCUCUUCAGACGCCAGCGCGCAUCCAGGGAUCCGCCAUUCUGAACGAUGAGAUGAACCACGAGCUCUCCGACAUUCUGCCUGACCGGUACUUUGAGCUGUGCUACUCCACAGACCGGGACGGGUUCAAUGCCAACACCUUCCACAGCAAGUGCAACGGCAAGGGCGCGACGGUGACCAUUGCUCGCCGAGAGAACACCAACUAUGUCUUUGGCGGAUUCACCUACGUGCCAUGGAGCAGUGGAUCGGGCUACCACUAUGACUACGACGCGUUUCUGUUCAAGUUCUCCAACAACAAGGUGUAUCGCACAGACAUGGACGUUCGCUAUCCCCAGAACGCCGUCUACCACAGAUCCAACUACUGCCCGACCUUUGGUAACGGCCAUGAUCUGUACAUCUACUCCAGCUGCACAUAUGCGCGCACCAACGCCUACGGGUACAGGAUUGACAGCGGCGGCUACAACGACUACUGGCUCGCUGGCUCCCGUAGCUUCCCCAUUGAGAUUAUGGAGGUGUUUGUCAUGCAGAACAAGACAGUGGACCCCUGCGACACGGUGCAGUGCCUGACCAACCAGUGCACCACAGCCAACAGGUGUGAGCUUGGCAAGUGCGUGCCCACCACGCUUCCCGACGGCUCCCCCUGUGACGACGGCAACAACGCCACCACCUUCGAUGCGUGCCUCGGCGGCCAGUGCAUGGGCGUUGCGCUUCACAGCGACACCAACGAGUACACGUUGGAGGACCUCCACCCCGGCCACACAUACGCCGUGCAAGUGCGCGCGUACACGGCAACCGGUGGUGGGCCGUUCAGCGACAUUGUGCAUGGGCGCACGGUUGAGGCACCACCAACACAGCCACCAUCGAACGUGCAGACCACGGUGCUCUCCGAUACGAAGAUCAAACUCAAGUGGGAGGAGCCGCCGAUUCCAACGCACAACGGCCGUCUGCUUGGCUACGAGCUGUACGUGUCAUGGGAUGAUCGGCAGCCGCAGCUGGUGACGAGCUUGCACUUCCUCACCUUCACCGUCACGGAGCUGAAGCCAUACACAGACUACACAUUUUACCUGACGACCGUCAACAGCGCCGGCAGCUCGCCCUGGGCCAACGUCACAGCACGCACGCAGGAAGGCCCGCCUGGCCCGCCGACACACGUGCAGGCUGACGAGGAGCUGUCUGACAACGGCGAAGUGAUCACCAUCAGCUGGCAGCCGCCACACGAACCCAACGGCGUCGUUACCAAGUACACCGUCUACUACCAGAAGCUCGGUGGCACGUGGCAGUCCAUGACCACAUCCAGUGGCAGUGUGCGGUCUCUUGAAGUGGAUGGCCUGGACCCUGUGUCCACCUACCUCGUGCAGGUGUCAGCGUGGACGUCAGCCGGUGAGGGCGAGCGCAGCAACACCAUCGCACCCACCACUGGCCAGGGCAUUCCUCGCACACCGCCCGACAACGUCGACGCCAACGCGCUCAACAAGACAGCCAUUAAGCUCUCGUACGAGCUGCCGCCGUCCGAUGAGGGUGAUGUCGUCGAGUACAGCAUCUACUACACGCCAGAGUAUCUGCCUGAUUCUUGCGACGACAUCACCUGUGUUCGCCCCAACGCGUGCUACGAGCCAGCAGAGUGCAUUCUUGACCCAUACCGCGGUCCAAUGUGCCAGCAGACCCCGAAGCCAGACGGCACCCCGUGCGGCGAUGAUGACGAAAACACCGAAUAUGACACGUGUAUCGCCGGCGAGUGCCGUGGCGUGCCCGCGCCCAACAACCUCGACACCUUCUCGCUGACGCUGUCCACCUCGUGGUCCUCGCGCAGCUACGGUAUGGGCUACAGCCCGCGCCGCCACGAGUGGUGGUUCCCGGAGUACACGUCGUCCUCCGAUGGCACCAUCGUGUACAGGUACGACGCCACGGACGUGUCCACGUAUCUCGGUCGAUUCCGCAUCCAGCAGCGCCGCUACAUCAUGCAAAUCUGGCCUGAUGUGGAUGACACGUAUCUGAUUGAGACGUACAGCGACAACUACGUCCAUCGCAUGGGCCCAUUCCCGCUCGUCACGACAAUCUGGUCGUACAAUGUGGGCAGCCGCGUUGGCGGUGUGUCUGUGUACCGUGACAAGGUGUAUGUCAUUCGCAGCAACACCUACAACCUGCGCAUUCUCGACCGCGACAGCGGCAACUACCUCCAGUCCGUCAACCUGCAGAACUCGCCCGGCUUCUCGUACAUUUAUGGGACUUUCGCUGUCGUGAACGGCCGCAUCUUCGCUGGCGACUACAACGACAGAUACAUCUAUCAGUAUGACCUGAGCAACUUCCGGUACCAGUCCCGCUACAUCAAUCACAAUCAGGACACGCGCAAGCUCGGCUUUGAUGGACAGAACAUCUGCCUCAGCUACUACAGCAACUCUGUCCGCUGCUACCGAGUUGUGGACGAGAAUGUGUAUGGCGACCGCUCGCUCUUCCAGCGGAGACCAACGCAGGCCAUCAUGGGCUCCGAGAUCCUGACAAAGGACAUGAACCUGGCCAUCUCCAAGGAGGUGUCGCCCAACAGUGACACGAGCUUCAAGCUCUGCUUCCGCGCAUCCGACCACGGCUUCUCUGGCACCACCUUCCACUCCCGCUGCGACAAGAAGGGCCAGACGAUCGUCGUUGUCCGUUCGACAGAGGGCAGCCCACAGGGUCCACGCGUGUUUGGCGCCUUUGCUCCCAACAGCUGGCACUCCGACUCAUCCGCGUGGCUUCGUGCCGACGACGCCUUCCUCUUCCGCUUCGUCAAUAACGGCCAAUUCGAGCGUACGGAACUUCUCUCGCAGCCGCAAUACGCGCAGUACACACGCCCAGGCUACUGCCCAGAAUUUGGCAACUCUGAUUUCCGCAUGUCGACGGACUGCCGGUCUGGACACACCAACGCCAACUCGUACACUGUGCACCAGAGCAGCAGCACGUACAACAACGAGUGGUUGACUGGCUCCGACAACAGCUGGCAAGUGGACGAUGUCGAGGUCUUCUACCGCGUGGAUGUUGCAGCCGAUCCGUGCUCCGAUGUGACAUGUGAUCCACCAAUGGAUCAGUGCAAGCAGCCCGGUCGCUGUGUCAGUGGCGAGUGCGUCUAUGACGAUGCGCCAGAUGGCACCGACUGCGACGAUGGCGACGAUGCGACGGUGUUUGACUCGUGCCAGGACGCCGUCUGCGUUGGCCGCCAUCCCGUCAUCACGGAGGACAACCAGCACACGUUCACUGGCCUCGACCCGUACACCACCUACGCCUUCCGUGUGGCUGCCCGCACCGUCCGCGGUCAGGGCCCGGCCUCUGACGCCGUCCGCGCCCGCACUCUCUCCGGCACCCCAACAGGUCCACCCCAGGAUGUGGUGGCGCGAGCGGCAGCAACGACCGUGUUGCACAUCACGUGGAAGCAGCCGCUGUUUGGCGAGCGCCACGGCACCAUCUCAUCGUACAAGCUGUGGGUGCAGCGCCUGAACAGCAUGCGCCAGCCAGCGGGCACACCCUGGACCAUCGUCACGGGCAACGACCUCACCAACUACAACCUCACAGACCUCGACGCGUACACGUUCUAUCAGGUUUGUACCACCACACACACACACUCACUACACACCCACACACAACACUCACUCACGUACACACACACACGCACACGCACACACACACACACACUCACGUACACACCCUUACACGCACUGGGUCCGUACAGCGAUGCGUCGAUUGCUCGAACAGCCGAGGGAACACCACCCGUUGCACCCACGAACGUCCAGGUGGACAGCACAACAACCGAGACUGUCACGCUCAGCUGGGACCCAGUCAGCCCACUCGAAGCUGAUGGCAUCCUCAUUGGCUACACCAUCUCUGUGCGUCAGGGACCCAGAAGCGACUGCACGCGCCACCCCGCCAGCAUCGACGUCAUCUACAUCGACACACCACGUGUGGAGACCUACACCGUGGUGGAGCUGCAGGACACUGCUGUGUAUCCGUACGAGUUCCAGGUUGCAGCCCGCACUGCUGCUGGCGAGGGCGUAUACUCUGCACCAGCGCUGCACAUGACGAGCGGCGGGUCGCAGGUGUGCACUGGCCCAUCCGUGUGGACAUCACACGUCACCACCACAUCCGCCAACGUGUGGGUGAAACCUCCUUUGUCAGUUGAGCUGAACGGCAACACCAUUGCCACCAUCAACGUGACCGUCACGGCCGUCGAGGACUCCAACCGCCGCCCCAUCACCGGCGCAACACCGGCAUGGCUUGUGUUCUCUGCUGCUGAUGGCUUCAACGCCAGCCAGGCGCUGUCUGGGCUCGACCCGUACACGGUGUACAACGUGGAGGCCGUGGUCAUCACCACGACUGGCGUGUCUUCGCCGACGUCUGCUCCCUACACGUUCCGCACCGCCGAAGCGAUGCCCGGUGCUGUGGGCUCGCUCAUUGCACAAGAGGUUGGCGACGUGGUGAAGGUGCUGUGGACGCCGCCAUCGCCGGCAAACGGAGCGCUCCAGUAUCGCAUCACAUUCACGCCCGCCGUUGAUGGCACGAGUGAUUUCACCACGUCCUACGCCAACUUCAGCCUCGACGUCCUCUCGGGCACGACGUACACCGUCAGGGUUGUUGCGCUGACGGGCGCAGGUGAUGGCCCAGCACGCCAGACGACGGUUGAGACUGUCCCUGCCAACGUGGCUGCACCUGUCAUUUCGCUUCAAUCCGCGGCAGAGACAGAGCUGCGGCUCAAGGCCACUUGGACCAGCCCACUCACCGCCUUCCACCUCCAAUACAAGGCAGAGGGGGAUGAUGAUUUCAGCGAUGUCAUGGACUACGCCGUGUCUACCAAUGCACGUCAACACACUUUCACCCUCUCUGGCCUGGAGCACUCCACAUCCUACACCGUCCGCGUUCAGGCCGACACCGACGAUGGUCUCGGCCUCACCGCCCAAUACGAGCACGCCACAGCCGUUGUUCCUCCAAGCGCCCCGCAGACAGUCGUGGCCGUGGCCGUCAACAACACGCACGUGCGCGUGACGUGGUCUCCUGUCAUGGCUGAGCAUCGCCUUGGCGAGGUGCGCGGGUACCGCCUGUCCAUCGAGCAGGGCAUCAGCCUCCUGCCACCAAUCGAUGCCGGCCUCACCACGUGGUACAUCGUUGGCGGUCUCAACCCCGUCACCACCUACCGCGUCUCCGUGAUUGCGUACAACGAUGGCGGUGAUGGCGAUGCCACCUCUCCGCAGUCCGUCAUGACAGCCGCGAGUGAGUGUGCAGAUGACGAGUACGAGACGGCGCCACCCAUGGGGACGAUGGACCGCCAGUGUGGGCCCUGCUCGUCGUGCGGCUCUGGCAUGUACGAGCUGGUGGCGUGCACGCGCACCAACGACACCGUGUGCACCGCCUGUAGCACAACCUGUGGCGAGGACGAGUGGAUUUCGUCGCCCUGCACGGCGUCGUCCGACAUCCAGUGCACGAUGUGCUCCACCUGCGAUCCCUUAAUCGAGAGCCACGCCGCAAACUGCACGCAGUCCUCAGACACCGUCUGCGUCCCAUUCACCACGACCACAACGACGACGACGACCACCACCACCACCACGACGCUCCCAACCACAACACCAUCAUGCCAUCCAACAUGCGCCACGUGUGCUGGCGAGGGUGUGGACGAGUGCCUGUCAUGCCACGGCACCAACAACGUGUACCUUGGCCGCUGCGUGCCAUCGUGCCCUGCCUCAACGUACACGGACAACGGCCAGUGCGUGAGCUGUCCCGCCACAUGCGACAUCUGUACGAGUGCAGACGUGUGUGUCACGUGCCGUCGCGGCUUCUUCCGCCACAACGGCGCAUGCGUGAACACGUGCCCUGCUGGCACCUACGCCAACGUCGACCUGGGCUCGUGCGUGGCAUGCCUCGAUGGCUGCGACGCGUGCAACGCGGACGGCUGCGUGCGCUGCGAGUCCAACAAGUUCCUUCUUCCAACCCACGACGGGUGCGUGGACGCGUGCCCUGAGCAGCACUACUCGGCCACAAACUCGCUCGGCGACGGCGAGUGCCGGGCAUGCGACCGCUUCUGCCGCACGUGCUCUGGUCCGCUCCCCACGCAGUGCACGGCGUGCUUCACGGGCGAGGAGCUGAAGAACGGCCGGUGCGUGCUGGGAACAGGGGGCGCCACGACCACGACAAAGGCGGGCUCCAACCCCGGCACCAACGCCCCCACGACAAGGGACCCGUCCGCCUCGCAGUCUGGCACAGACAACACGGCGGCGUCCAGCACGAUUGUGUAUGUCGCUGUUGCUGUCGGCGCCAUUAUUGCCCUGGCCCUCAUCAUGAUUGGCCUUGCCCUCCUUCGCCGCAAAAACGCCAAAGUCAGCAGCAACAACGACGGCAGCGCCGACAAGUUUGAUCAGGGCUCCACCAUGGCCCCGUACCGCUCCGGGUCCUUCCACGGCCGGGACAUGGUCAUCUCCAACCCGGCGUACAUGAUGAACGAGCCAAAGCCGUGGACACAGCAACCCGCGAAGAGGCCCGCCAACGACGCCGACAUGGAGCCAUUGUAUGAAGACCAGGAUCUCUACGACGAGCCGUCGGGGUACCUGACAGUGAACCCGGAUGAUGCUCCGACCCAAGAUGCCGACAACACGGCGGGCAGCGGCGACAACAACGCUGAUGACGCCGCCAACAGCGACGACGACGACAAGUACCAAGUGCCCGAGAACGAAGACGAGGAGAACCUCCCCGUGGAGUGAUUGGGUCGUUGCUGCACCCUGCUGUUCACAACUUGACACGCUUUGUGUCGUGUUGGCGUGUACACAUACACAAACACGCGCGCGCGCUGUUACCCACUUUUCACGCGUGUUCCUGCCAUGCACACACUCAUACGCACUGCACGCCAUCCCAUAGUCAACCCAUUCACGUUAUGUCUGUUGUUGUUGUUGUUGUUGUUGU